ACAGAGCCUCUGAGAGUUCACAACUCAGGCCUGGAACAACGCUUUGGCCACCAGGGAACUGGAAAAAGGUGAAUCUGAAGUAAUGGCUGAAGCAAUACCACUACGAGAAAAGAAGCAGAAAACUCUCCCUCGGUCUGAUGGGUGUGGUCUCAACAACUUUGACGCUCUGGAUUUGUCCGGAGGGUUGAGGAUAGUCCUGGUGGGCAAGACUGGAUCAGGUAAGAGUGCAUCAGGAAACACCAUCCUUGGGAGAGCGGCCUUCAAAGAGGACCCGAGCCCUGUGUCUGUGACCAAACACUGUGAGACACAGAGCGGAGAAGUGGACGGCACUGUGGUCCAGGUGAUUGACACUCCAGGUCUGUUUGACACAGGCAUCUCAGAGGAAGAAUUAAAAACCAGGAUAGAGGAGUGCGUCACGAUGUCGGUGCCCGGCCCUCACGCCUUCCUGCUGGUGAUCAGGCUCGGAGUAAGGUUCACAGAGGAGGAGAGAAAUGCCGUGAAGUGGAUCCAGGAUAACUUUGGCGACGAUGCCUCCAUGUACACUAUCAUGCUGUUUACAUGCAAAGAUCAGGCCAAAGCUGACAAUGCUCUGAAGGAGUGCAAGGAGCUGCGGAGACUCUCUAUUACGUUUGGUCGCAGGUACCAUGCCUUCAACAACAACGAUGCGGAGGACCAAGUACAGGUUAAAGAGCUGAUCACCAUGAUCAAGGAAAUGAUACAGGAGAACGGGGGGAAACACUACACCAAUGAGAUGUACGAGAAAGCUCAGAGGAAACUGAGAGAGGAGGAGGAGCGGAGGAAGCAAGAGGAGGAAGAGAAGAAAGAGGAGGAGAGGAAAAUGUGGGAUGCAGAGAGGGAGAAGAAAGAGAAAGAGAGAGAAAAGGAGAAAAAGGCGAAAAGAAAGAAUAUACGUGUUGCCUCGGCUGCGGCUGUUCUGUUGGUGUUGGCUGGGGUGGUCAUAGCGGUGGGAGCCGACACCGUGGUGGCUCUGGCUCUAGGAGCUCCUGUGCUCGUCCUGGGAGUGUUAUGUGGUUUAGCUGCCUUUUGCAUAUGGAAGGGCAUAAGAUGCAAAGCCAAAGCAAAUGUUCCGGUAUAACUAGAUGGACGCUAGUGACAAGGACAUUUUGAUCCAUCUGCAUAUAUUUGACGCUGAAUAUACAGUCAAAGUACUGCACACAUUAUUACUGUUUAUAACCAAUCAGUGAAUGAUGUUGUUUGGGCCUUUUCUGCAUUGUGCUCCCAAAAUUAUUAAGUUUUGUCAUAAGAUUACGAUAACAGAUGUGAAUUUAAUGCUGACAGUAAAAAAACGGUAUGAAAUGCAAUUCUUUUCUUUUGUUUGUUUUCUUUUCACUCAUUUAUUGUUUGAAGCUUUCAUAUGAAACCAACAUCAUGAGUUUUACUUGAACUAGUAUUUUCUGGCUUGUGAGAAACAGUGUCAAAAAAGUGUUGGCAUUGUACAUUUCUGCAAACCACCUAUACAUUUGAAAAAAUAUUAUGUAGCAGAUACAUCAAAACCUAACAUUCAAGCAAUGCUGUGGUAACGUUUAGGCACAAAAUUCACUUGGUUAUGGUCAUGUUUGGGCUUAAAUUAGCCAGUUUGGAUCGUACAAUCCCAGCAAGAAAAGUAGUGAUAAAACAACCACUUUUUUGUACCUAAGAAGCUGCUGGGAACACAACAACAGGCCUCCUAAAUCACCCAUAUUUGGUGCCCAAAAGCCGCUGAAAACACAGCAAUGACUUGCAAAAUCAGAACCAGUGUACAAAGUAGUUGCUUGUUGGUCUCAAACAGUGGUCUGCAAUGAUUUGGAGCUUGGUCUCACCUAGGUGUCACACCAUCCACCAUCCACCAUCCUCUCCAUCUCCAGAUGACAAAUUUAAAGUUAUACGUCACUUUAGAAACGUUAAUAUGAUACACAUGAAACAUGGAACAACAUUUGCCGAAAUGUACAAUGGCAACAUUUUCUCCCAGCGACCGGGUUGUGAGUAAUUUAAGAAUGUCUCAACACAUUGUGCUAUAGAUCUCAUAAAGUCUGUAUACAUGUUUGCACAGUUUAUACUUUCAUAACUUGAAGUUGCUUAAAUAAAAUGUUCAUGCAGGUCAA